UGCUUCUUCCCCAUGCCCCGUUGCUUACGUGGCAACGAAGAGCCGAAUUUGCCUCUUAUAAACAUUCAACCCCAAAACACACAACAAUAUUUGCUUCUCCUCUCUCUCUCGCUCUCUCACUCUUCUGAGUUUCCCGAGAAAACCGAAUCCGGCUGGGAGAAUUUGGAUACUUAUAGCUACUGCAUUUUGCAGAAAUUCAUUGAAUCCGGCGAGUAGAAUCUCGGAGGGAGAGAGGGAGAGGGAAGUGCAGGGAAGGGAGCUGAACGGAGACUCAUCGGAAGCCUUGAAUCGGGGCUCAAUCGGCGGUGAUUGUCUUUGUAAUUUCUCAAGUGGUUUCAUUUGCGGCACUGACCGACUGGACCAUUCCUAUCUCUAUAUGCCGUUUUUUUUUCUUUGUCUUGUAUUGUAUCUCUCCCUCUCGGCGUGCGAGUUGUUUGUUAGUGCACUUUCAUGUUGGCCGCGGUUUUGUAUUUCUUUCUAGGGUUUAUCAGAGUUUUGAAGGAUCUUGUUAGAGUUUAAUGUAGGUGAAGAACGAUAUUAGAAAACCCAGUUUUCGACAGCUUAUAAAAAAUUUACGUUUCCUGCGACUUAGUUUUUAGUCUCGAGUCUCAACCCAUGGCUUUUGAUCAGAACUCAAUUCCCAAAGGCCUGCGGCCUUUGAAUGUAGCUAGAACUAUAGUUGAUGAUCCCCGCAUUACGCCAGUUGCUACUACGGGUCGAAAUCCCGAAUGGUUCAUCCCCAACCCUCCGCCCGACAUUGUGAGCACUGAUUCUGUGCCUGUCCCUUAUAAGGGAAAUGUCUCCGAUGUGGGAUUUGUCGGGCUAGGAUAUGGGAAUGUGGUUACUGGUGUUGCACCAUGGUGCCCUCGAAUGCCUUCUCCUGUUGCGCAUCCUGCCACAAUUCCUGCCGUAGGGUUUGGUUACAGCUCGAAUCUGAAUGUCAGCAGCAAUCGUGGUGGUGUUAAUGCUAUUGAUCUUGCUAGUAGUUGCAUGACAGUUGGGGUUAAUCAUAGUCCAAAUUUGAGUCAUCGAGUUGGGGGAGGUGGCAUGGAUUUUGCGAGCAAUGAUAUCUCAAUGGGGUCUGGGGAUAGUAACGAUUUAUGCAAUAAGGUUGCUGCCAACGGUGAUCAGAUGAGUAGUGAUAGUACUUCUGGAUUUGGCUCUCACUUGGGGAAUUCGGUAGGUGAGAGUGUGGCCGAUCAAGUGAGCGUGGAGGGUGGAGAUGGUUCCAUUUCGAGAAAGAAAGUUAAGUUUUUGUGUAGUUUCGGUGGCAAGAUUUUGCCUAGACCGAGUGAUGGUAUGUUGAGAUAUGUUGGAGGCCAAACAAGGAUUAUAAGUGUUAGAAGAGAUGUGACUUUCAAUGAGCUUCUGCAAAAGAUGGUUGAUACCUACGGGCAGGCCGUGGUUAUUAAAUAUCAGCUCCCCGACGAGGAUCUUGAUGCUUUAGUAUCUGUUUCAUGCCCUGAUGAUCUUGAUAAUAUGAUGGAUGAGUAUGAGAAGUUGGUUGAGAGGUCUUCAGAUGGUUCGGCUAAAUUGAGGAUGUUUUUGUUCUCUGCUUCAGAACUUGACUCUUCAGGUAUGGUGCAAUUUGAGGAUUUGCAUGAUAGUGGGCAGAGAUAUGUUGAGACGGUGAAUGGAAUAUCUGAUGGGGUUGGUGGCCGUAUCACAAGGAAAGAGAGCUUUGCAAGUGCUACCUCAACUCAGAAUUCUGACUUGAGUGGGACUGAGGUAAUUGAUAUUUCAAAUAACGAUCUGGGGGUUGUGAGUGGGCCUCCAUACGCAAUGUUGUCCUCCCCUGGAGGAAAUGUAGGUACUUCAAUUGCUAUUGGCCCAGGAUUAGUGAAGAUAGAUCCCGUCUCUGCAGUUUUUGUAGAUCCCUCUGCUGUUCCGUUAAGGAUUCCUGUCGUUAACUCUGUUACUCCUGAAGCUUCUUCCCAGUCAGAGGUGGAUUUGGGAAGGUCUGUGCCUGUUACUCUAAUGCAGCAGCAACCAGGUAAUGACUUUCCACCACCUGCUCAACUGCAGCCUUCUGUUGAUCCUCGCCACCAAGCAGCAUGUGUGGACUGUAUACAAUUUCGUCCACAAUUAGGCUUUUCAAAUCCUCAUCAUUUAGGGACAUCUGGGUCUAUGUUUAUGCAACAGCCAAAUACUCUUGGAAUUACCCCUCAUCAGUUUGUUCCAGCAGUUCACAUGACAAUGGCUCCCUCGUCUUCUCACCUCAAUAGUAGGCCAAAUACCUAUCAAUCGUUGGUUCAAUAUCCACAAUCCCAGACUGAAUAUUUUGCCAACGGAAGCACAUUUGGGGCAAGGUUUGUCCAGCUCUCUGCAGAACAAGGUUACAACUCAUGUCAGGUUCCAGCUCCUCCUCCAGUAUCAGGAGGAGGUGGAUUUGGUUUACAGCAGGUACCAUGGUCUGAUCAGGCAGUUAAAUCUGAUGGAUUGAUAUCCCAUCAACAGGCAGCUUUUUCUGAUAAGACUGAGAGGUUGGAUAACUGUUACUCGUGCCAGAAAGCAGUGCCUCAUGCGCACUCUGAUUCUUUGUUGCAGGAUCAAAGAGAAAAUUUGACAAACCCUGUAUCUGAUUCAAAAUUUUCAUAUUAUGGUCUUCACUCGGAAGAUCAUUUGACAACCCAGCCAUUGAAAAAUAUUACAGAAACUGGAGUUUUGAGGCAACAAACUAUUGAACAAGGAGUUGGAAUGCAAACCAGGAUCUUUAGUCCUAUGGAUCCAGGAGUUGGAAAACCUUCAAUUGAGGCAAUUGGCUUCCUGAAUCAUAUUGAGGGUCAGCACGAGAAUGACAGCACUCUAAAAGAUCAUAGUGGGUUCUUAGCUCGGCAGGGUGCUCCUGGGAGACAAGGUGAUAUUCAGUCCCCCCAUGUUGCUGUUGUGGACAAGAUUCCUCAGCCUGGCCAGGUUGAUACUUUCCAGCAGCAUCAUGCAUCUGUUGAGAAUCAGUUCCAUCCAAAUCCAGGCAUGGAUAAGCACGAUCUUUGUUUUGGAGGUGCUCCUAUCCUUGCUUCRGACUACAGCAUUCAUGAAGAUCCAAAAGAAUGCUCUAACAGUCACCGUGGCAUUAUUCCUAACCAAAAUGCUGCCCACACUGGAAUUUGGUAUGACAAUCUCAGACCAAUUGUUGGAAACUUGGAAACUCUAAGUAUCUGCCCAACUGAUAUUGGUGCUAAUUUGGAUCGCUGCAAGUCACCCAUUGAAAGAACUAGGAAGGAGGACAAUUUCGAUAGCAGUUCACAACCAGUCUCAGGGAGGGAAGUUCUACUAGAUAACAACUUUGUGGAGGCAAAAGUGGUUCUCGAUGCAAAUCAUAUGAAACCAAGUACUUUGGCUUGCUCCUCAUCAGACGUUCCCUAUUUGCUGAAUACACCUCCUGUUAGGGGUUCUCCCGGAACAUUACCACAAUCAGAAAAUGAAAUACAACAUUUGGAGUCCAAUGAAGUUCGUCAUGGCAGAAAUUCCCAGUUACCUGACAUGAAGGCUGAUCAUAUAAAUAAUAAAGUCCCAGUUUCUGCUGAGUGGAAGGAAGACACUUCUCUAUUUGAAUCCAGGAUGGUAUCUGGUGAUGCCCAAUCCAUUUCUCUGCCUAGCAGGGCUGGAAAUAUACAAGACACUACAAAUUCACUCUUCAGCAAUCAGGAUCCUUGGAACUUACAGCAUGACGCCCACUUUUUGCCUCCUAGGCCAAAUAAAAUUCAACCAAGGAAUGAAGCCGCGUCCACCAGGGAACCCUUGGCAGAGAGUCCUUUAAGGAAUAUUGGUGAACUAAAUAUGGAAGCGUUAAUAGAUGAUGGAAUAUGUCACCCAUUGGUUAACUCGAACAAGGGUACCAAUUCAGAGACUGUCCAGUCUGGCAAAAGCUCUUCAGAGGAACAAAUCAGGAAAGAUCUUCAAGCUGUUGCCGAGGGUGUAGCUGCUUCUGUUCUUCGGUCGACAAAAUCCUCCAACUCUGACUUGCAUGAAAGAAGUGAUUCGGUUUGUGAGUCUAAUACAGAAGAUGUUCAAAAUAAUGUUAAAUAUAACAUCGAGGAUGUCAGGACAAGACAUACAGAAAAAGCAAAUUUUGGUUUCCCAAUGUCGGAAGGCAUUGGCCGCUUGCAGGUAAUAAAGAAUAGUGACCUUGAAGAACUAAGAGAAUUAGGUUCUGGUACAUUUGGCACUGUUUAUCAUGGAAAAUGGAGGGGGUCUGAUGUUGCUAUCAAACGAAUCAAUGAUAGGUGUUUUGCUGGGAAGGCUUCUGAACAAGAUCGCAUGAGAGAAGAUUUUUGGAAUGAAGCAAUUAAGCUUGCUGAUUUGCACCACCCAAAUGUGGUUGCUUUUUAUGGUAUUGUGCUUGAUGGCCCUGAGGGCUCUGUGGCAACAGUAACAGAAUAUAUGGUUAAUGGAUCGCUCAGAAAUGCUUUGCUGAAGAACGAGAAGAGUCUUGACAAGCGUAAGCGCCUCUUAAUUGCUAUGGAUGCGGCUUUUGGAAUGGAAUACCUGCACAGAAAGAACAUAGUGCACUUUGAUUUAAAAAGUGAUAAUCUGCUUGUUAACCUUCGGGAUCCUCAUCGGCCAAUAUGCAAGGUUGGUGACCUGGGCCUAUCCAAGGUGAAACAUCAGACAUUGAUAUCAGGUGGUGUGCGGGGAACACUUCCAUGGAUGGCGCCUGAGCUUCUGAAUGGGAGCAGCAAUCUUGUCUCCGAGAAGGUUGAUGUGUUUUCAUUUGGUAUUGUCUUAUGGGAGCUCCUUACUGGAGAAGAACCUUAUGCAGAUUUGCGUUAUGGGGCCAUCAUAGGUGGCAUAGUAAGCAACACAUUGCGUCCGCCAAUACCGGAAUCUUGUGACCCAGAAUGGAGGUCACUGAUGAAGAGAUGCUGGUCAUCAGAGCCAUCAGAGAGGCCAAACUUCACAGAAAUUGCACAUGAAUUGCGCUCCAUGGCUGCAAAGGUUCCUCAGAAAGUACCCAACCAGCAGCAGUAAUGCUGACUCAACUUCAUCUCCAAGUUCAGAAGUGAAUUUAGGAAAACCAGCAGCGGUAAUCCUGACUCAACUUCAUCUCCAUGUUCAGAAGUGAAUUUAGGCGUAUUGCUUCGCUGAUGGCCCCUCUACGCCUAUGCUUUAGAAUGGCGGAUACAAGUACGUUGCUCAGUUUUGGGAUUGGGUAUAUAAUAGGUGGUUUUUUGACUUCUAACAGAGAGAGAUAGGUCAUAGUAGUUACCCAACAGCUCCUUUUCAGUUCGCAACUACUUAGAUUAUGAUUAUUUGUUAGCAAAUUUUUUAAGUCAAAUUUGAUUAAUUGAUUGCCAAUGUUUUUUAUGUUUAGUAUUUGACAGUAUUUAAGGUUUCUCACGCCUGAAAAGCUGAAAAGGAACAAUCUUUUUCUUCUCUCUCUAAUGGAUGGGAAGCCAAAGGGUUCUGUUUUUUUGGGGGGAUAAGAAACAGAAAGAAGCCAAGGUAAAAAACCUGGCAGCUAAUAGGAUCUUUCAGGGGAUGUAGCAGACCACAUUAAAUUUCUAGAGCUUUUUAGUA